AUGGCUGAUUCUGGUGAGAUACUACCAACACAUUCAUCAUUAUCAUCGGCUCGUAAUAAUGCAAACUUCGAUGAUAGCCACGCAGCAUACAUUCCUAUUUCGGAUUUUCGACGAAAUGAAGCACGUUCAAUGCUACAUGAAAAUGACCGGCAUAAAUCAAUUUAUCAUCAAACUAGCUUUAAAAAAAUAUAUAAUCCAACAGAAAGACGUAGAAAACGUCAUCGUCAUUCACAAACAUCAGGAGAAUCAACUAAUACAUCAUCGAAAGUAACUUCAAGCAAUGAAACUAAGGAUUCAAACGGAACCGAUAAUCCAAGUGCACGUAUACAAUUUUUACUUGGUGAUGAAGAUCAAAAAGAUGAUGAUGAAGAGCAUAAACCACAUGAUUUAUUUAUUGAGCUCAAUGAAUUAAGAUGUGAUAAUGAUCAGUCGAAUGAAUGUGGUGAACCUACUGAUAUAGGUUGGAAAGAAACAGCAAGAUGGAUAAAAUUCGAAGAAGAUGUUGAAACUGGUGGUCGAUGGAGUAAACCUCACGUAGCCUCGUUAUCAUUACAUUCAUUACUUGAAUUACGUAAUUGUAUUUUAAGUGGAUGCGUUAUUCUGGAUAUGCAAGCUGAUCAAUUUUCUACAAUAGUUGAUAUGAUUCUUGAUACUAUGAUUGCUAAUGAAUCAUUGCCAUCGGAAAAACGUUUAGUCACACGUAAUACUCUUUUACUUAAACAUAUUCACCAGCAUGACAAAGAAUUUCAUCGACUUUUACAUACACAAGAAAGUAAAAAGCUAUUACCAUUCACAAGUUCAUUUGCUGAACUAACACGAAAUCGCUCACAAAAAGAUAUUACGCAAUCAAUUGUUGAUCAACUGCCACCAGCAACACCGACCGGAGCAACAAAUCAGCAUCUAACACUAACUAGUAGACUUUGUGUUAGCAAUCAAUUAAAAACUCGCACGAAUGAAAGUGAUGAAUCAGGAAGUACCUCGCUAACAGGUGAAUCACGUGUUAAGAUGAAUUUAUCAUUUAUGAAAAAAGUUCCACCGAAUUCUGAAGCAACAAAUGUUUUAGUUGGCGCCGUAGAUUUUCUUCAAACUCCGGUCUAUGCAUUUGUUCGCCUAGCAAAAGGUGUUACAAUACCAGAUCUUGUUGAAGUUCCAUUGCCAACGCGCUUUCUAUUUAUUUUAAUUGGACCUAGUAGUGAACAUUUACGCUAUCAUGAAAUCGGACGUUCUAUAUCGACAAUAAUGUCUGAUGAAAUUUUUCAUGAUGUUGUUUAUCGAGCUAGAGAUCGACAAGAUUUACUUGCAGGUAUUGAUGACUUUCUUGAUCAUGUAACAGUUUUGCCGCCGGGUGAAUGGGAUCCUACAACACGUAUUGAACCACCUAAAAGUGUACCAAAUAAAGAGGAUAGACUUGAUAGAAAUAAAAUGAAUGGUGUACAACAAUCCAGUGAACCGAUACAUCAUGAAUAUGAACUAGAUCCAUCGUUAAUCACAACUGGACGAUUUUGUGGAGGUCUUAUAAAUGAUUUAAAACGUAAAACACCGUUCUAUUUGUCAGAUUUUACUGAUGCUAUAUCAUUUCAAUCUAUUGGCGCAAUUAUAUUUCUAUAUUUUGCUUGUUUAUCGCCCAUAAUUACAUUUGGUGGUCUUUUAAGUAGAGCAACCGAUAAUAAUAUGGCUGCGAUUGAAAGUCUUCUAUCAGGCGCAAUUUGUGGCUGUCUAUUUCAUUUAUUUGCUGGUCAACCAUUAGCGAUUUUAGGCAGUACGGGUCCGGUAUUGGUUUUUGAAACCAUUGUCAAUAGUUACUGCAGUCAUCAUGGAAUAGAUUAUAUGAAUUUUCGUUGUUGGAUUGGACUAUGGACAACAUUUAUUCUAUUGAUUAUGGUCGUUACUGAUGCGAGUUAUCUUGUGAAAUAUAUAACAAGAUUCACUGAGGAAAGUUUUGCUGCUCUGAUUGGUAUUAUCUUUAUCUAUGAAGCUUUCGAUAAAAUAAUUGACAUCAAUCGUCAUCGACCUGUUCGAUUACAUACCAAUCAAAUUCUACCACCGAAUUGUUCAUGCCUUACAUCGAAUAGAGCAAGAAAGUUAAAUUUAAUAAUGACAAUAAACGAUUGUUAUAAAAACCAAUCUCAUGAAUUUAUUGGUACACCUUGUAAAAUAAUAAAUGAUAAAGCUUAUAUUCCCGAUGUAUUUUUCUUUUCAAUUAUACUCUUCUUAUCAACAUUUACGUUGGCAUAUACAUUAAAAAAUUUUAAAUUCAGUCCAUUUUUACCGAUGAGUGUUCGUACAAAAGUAAGCGACUUUGGUGUCGUUUUAGCUAUAUUUAUUAAUGUUUUAAUUGAUUAUUGUGUUGGUCUUGAUACACUAAAAUUAGCUGUGCCACAGAAAUUUGCUACAACGAAAGAAAAUCGUGGAUGGAUUAUAAGUCCAUUUGGAAAAAAUUCACCUUACAUUUGGCUUGCUGCUGUAUUACCCGCUAUGUUGGCUACAAUACUCAUUUUUAUGGAUCAACAUAUAACCGCUGUUAUUGUUAAUAGAAAAGAAAAUAAACUUAAAAAAGGAUCUGGCUAUCAUCUUGACUUAUUAAUUGUAGCUGUGUGCAUUGGAAUUAAUUCUGUAUUUGGUCUACCAUGGUUUGUUGCCGCAACAGUACUCUCCAUAAACCAUGUGAUUGCACUUAAACUUGAAUCUGGAACAGCAGCACCAGGAGAAAAACCGAAGUUCUUAGGCGUUCGAGAACAACGUGUAACCGGUUUUAUUGUAUUUUUAUUUAUUGGCCUAUCCAUAUUUUUAACAAAAAUUUUGAGUUAUAUUCCAAUGCCUGUACUUUACGGUGUUUUUCUCUAUAUGGGUAUAUUAUCGAUGAAAGAAAUUCAAUUGAUUUCUCGUGUAUUACUAAUAUUUAUGCCAGAAAAAUAUCAACCCGAUUAUGUGUACCUACGAUAUGUUCGAACAAGUCGUGUACAUAUGUUUACAUUUAUUCAAAUAACUUGUUUAGUUUUAUUAUGGGUUAUAAAAUCAAUAGAAAGUAUAUCAAUAUUAUUUCCUAUCAUGGUUUUAGCUCUAGUUGGAGCAAGAAAAGCAAUGGAUUAUUUAUUUACACAACGCGAACUGGAAUAUUUAGAUGAUGUUGUGCCAGAAGUUGUGAAGAAAGAAAUUGAAGAAAGAAAAAAUAGUGCUAGUUUAGACAAGACUGACGAGAAAAAUCAGAUGAAGGAAACAAUUGAAUUUGAUAGUACAAAUAAUCAUGGAUCAUCAAAUAAUAAUACAACGACGAACGCUUCAAAAGGAAAUAUUUCAAAUAAUCAACCAUCCAAUGUGAUGAAUUUUUCUGAAGAAGUUGGUAAAACAUCUCUAUGGAAAUCUAUAACUAAAUCAAAAGGUAAAGCAGUUACAACAUCAGAAAAAAAAUCAUCACGAAGUUCUGGCAUUAAGAAAAGAAUUCGUAGAUUAAGCUUAGGCUUCCGCGUUUCUGAUGAAGACCGAUCUUUAGUUAUUGUAAAUAAUCAACAAUCACCAACUAUUGUUAUUGAACCAUCAAACGAUGAACAACAAAGUCAAAGAGCUAGCCCAAACAAAAGUAAUAGUGACCUAAGAAUGUGA